UCAGAAACUGAUAAACUGGCUUCAGGAGGCACGAUGUCGCUCACUGUGAAAAACAUUUCUGUCAUUUACAAUCCUAUCAAUCAGAACAAUACUUUCACCAGCGGGGAUUUUAUAUCUGGACAAGUCAUUCUGGAUGUGGUGAAAGACACUCAAAUGCAGUCGCUGAGUGUGAAAAUUAAAGGGAAAGCAAAUGUUUGCUGGUCAGAGCAUUACGGUAAAACCACAGUUGUUUAUUCGGAUAAAGAGAAGUUUUAUUCGGUGGAGAGGUUUUUCGUUCGGACUGACACAAAGAAUGGUAAUGACCAUGAGAUGCUGAAGGAUCCCUCGGGACAGCCUUACUCUUCGGUCGUGGCACCAGGUCGUCAUCUUUACCCUUUCACCUUUCAGUUGCCCUUACAGCACUUCCCAUCAUCCCUCAAAGGUUCAGUUGGAAAAGUUCUCUACACUUUGGAGACAAAACUAUGCCGAUCAAUGCGUGUGUCUAGCAAAGCUAAAGCAGAGUUUAACUAUGUUCCAGGCGCUGAUGUUUCCAAUCCUGAACUAAUGGCUCCUCAGUAUGGAACCAUAGAUAAACAAAUGAAGUUCUUCAACUCUGGGAAUGUCUCCAUGAACAUAAGCACUGAGAAAAUGGCAUACUAUCUUGGAGAGGGCUUAAAAGUUUUGGCCGAAAUUCAAAAUGGCUCUUCCCGAAUAAUCAAGCCUAAGUACUGCCUGUAUGAAAAAUACAGUUUCUUUGCCAAAGGAAAGAGAAAAGUUCACACACAUGACCUUCUUAAAGAGGUGGGGGAAUCUGUUGAGCCAAACUCAAAGAAAACCGUCACCACAGUGCUGUCCAUUCCUCCCAGCCUUACAGCCUCAAUCCUAAACUGUAGGAUCCUCAAGGUUGAGUACAGACUUAGGGUUUACCUGGAUGUGAAAUAUGCUUCAGAUCCAGAGAUCAAACUCCCAAUAGUGGUUCUUCCUCUUCAGCCUGUAUCAGGUGCAAAUGGUGCUACAAAUAGUGACUUUGGAAUUUGGAAUCAGUCACAGUCAGGCAGUGCAGGCCCUAACCUGCCUCCUACAGCUCCAUCAGUCAAACCACAAAAUAUGGCUGGACCACCUGGUCAGCUCGGUGCCCCUGAUUACCCUGGACCUCCUGUUGGUCAGUUUCCACCUCCUGGUUACCCUGGACCUCCCCUGGGUCAGUUUGGGGCUCCUGCUUACCCUGGACCUCCAGGUCAGUUCGCUUCCUCUUAUUACAGUGGAGCUCCGGGCCAGUUUGGUCCUUCAGUUACACAUCAGUCAAGCACAUCAGCUCCACCUCCAUAUCAGGAGUUUAAGCUUUAUCCACAGCUGCCAGAUCAGCCAGAAAAAUCUUGACAAAAUCAUUUUGGAGUCACUUUCUAGGCUUCUUUUAUUGUUGUGAUGUUUAUUAAAGCUUUGGUUGCACUGUAGUUUGGGAACCAUUUCUCACUUUUAAUGAACCAUUAAUUAUGACUGACUUAUUUGCUGAACAUCUGAUUUGGUGCUGGUUUAUAAUUUGGUUGUUAAUAAAUUUAUGCAUAGGGUAGAAUUACAGGAUCUCAAAUGUAGUCAUGCAGGAAUCAGUAAAUUGCUAAUAAACAGCUAAUGUGCUAGUAAUAUGCAUUCUAAUAAACAACUAAAGUGUGAAUUGGUCCCUGAACGAAAAUAAGCCUUACUGUAUCAUAUCAACAAUGACCUGUACUAUUUUUUUGUAGGUUAGUAGUUGACGCUUAAUGAGUAAAUAAAUCAGCCAAUAUGAAUGUUUUCACUCGAUUGGGUGGGUGUUAUCAGUGGUUAUCAGCUGAUAGAUAUGUGCUAGUAGGGGCCCUCUGCGUCUACUAGUAGGCUCAGAAGGCUGUUAUUAUUCAUCCACAUGGUUAAUCAUCUAUAGAUCACAUACGGCUGUGGCUGGAAGUUAACGAUAAUUAUUUAUAUCAUGAAAUAAAUUCCCCAUUAAUUAUAUUUUAUUAACGUCUACCCCUAUCCCAACCCUAAACCCAACUGUCACAGUAAUGUAAAAACAGAUCCUGAUCUGGAGUCUUCUCUAUUAGUGUUGCUGAUUAACCAUGUGAAUGGAUGAUAAAAGCAUUCUGAGCCUACCAGUAGGCGCUGAUUGGCCCCUACUGGCCCAUAUCUAUCAGCUGAAAACCACUGAUAAUACCCAUUCAAUCGAGUGAUAAUAUUCGAAGCGAGUGAAAUAAAUAAACAUAGAUCCUGUAUUAUUUAUUUUUGUAUGCUAAACCAUCUGUGUGGCGCUACAUUCUGCAUCCCAUACAGCAUUUAAAUACAGCUGUAUUUGUUUUGAAGUGAAUGCAGUACUAUUCUUCAGUUGUGUUCUUUGCUGUAUAUAGUUGAAGGGAACGAUAUGUGAAACCUUACUGUGAAAGUUUGCAUAAAUUGUUAUAAAAUGUAAGUGUUUUUAAAGGGAUAGUACACCGCAAAAUGAAAAUUUACUCACCCUUCACUUAUUUCAAAACCUGUUAACCACACAAAAGAAGAUAAAUUGAAUAUAUCUGUAACUAUAGACUCUAAAUAGUAUUUGUUUUUCCUACAAUGGAAGUCAGUGGUUAAAGUUUUCUGCCUUGCUUGAAAAUAUCAUCUUGGGUGUUUAACAGAAGAAAGGAAAUUGUAAGGAUU